ACUCACAGCUGUCCGGUGUUUUUUUUGGGAAAGCUAGCAAAGCUAAUCGCGACAGUCAACGCGAUGUGUUUUCAACUAUUUAUUUAUUAAAGUAGCGUUGGAUUUGACCGAAUAAUACCGGACAUAGUUUUCUUUUCAACCCCGUGAUGAUGAGGGAGGCAGUGGUCCAUGAAGACUUGUGGAUACACACAGAGUGGCGUGUCCACAGAGGACAUCAUCAAACACUGGAGCACAGAUAACCCCUCCAAACAAAUAAAUCAUGAUCCCCAUCACUGAGCUGCGGUACUUUGUGGACACACAACCAGCCUACCGCAUCCUAAAACCAUGGUGGGAUGUGUUCACCGACUACAUCUCCAUUGUUAUGCUUAUGAUUUCUGUGUUUGGAGGGACACUGCAGGUAACCCAGGACAAGAUGAUCUGUCUGCCCUGCAAAUGGGUAGUCAAUCAGACCUGCAAGAAGAACUUCAAUUCUACCAUCGCCACUUCAUUAUUCUUGGAGCCCAAAGGGAUCCAGUAUGACCUGGAUCGCCACCAGUAUAACUACGUUGAUGCUGUAUGUUACGAGAAUAGAUUGCACUGGUUUGCAAAGUACUUUCCUUACCUAGUAUUACUUCACACCCUUAUUUUCCUAGCUUGCAGCAACUUUUGGUUUAAGUUCCCACGGACUAGUUCCAAACUAGAGCACUUUGUAUCCAUCCUGCUGAAAUGCUUUGACUCCCCAUGGACAACUAGGGCACUGUCUGAGACAGUGGUUGAGGAGAGCGAUCCCAAGCCAAUGAAAAUGAAUGGCUCAAUGGACCACAAAGAGUCAGUGAUCAGUGAGGACGUUGAAGCAAGUGUCCCUAUGCUCCAAAGGACAAAAACACGCUUUGAGCAGGGCAUUGUAGACAGAACAGAAACAGGGGUUUUGGAUAAAAAAGAGGGCGAACAGGCAAAAGCCCUAUUUGAAAGAGUGAAGAAGUUCCGUAUACAUGUUGAAGAAGGAGACAUUGUGUAUAGACUCUACAUCCGCCAGACUAUUAUCAAAGUAAUCAAAUUUAUUUUGAUCAUCUGCUAUACAGGGUAUUACGUGCAUGACAUAAAAUUUAGCGUUGACUGUUCGGUAAACAUAGAGAGCCUUACAGGUUACAGCGUGUAUCGUUGUGCUCACCCUUUGGCUACACUUUUUAAAAUAUUAGCCUGUUUCUAUAUUAGCUUAGUAGUGGUGUAUGGCUUGAUCUGCAUGUACACCCUUUGCUGGAUGCUCCGGCGCUCUCUAAAGAAGUAUUCCUUUGAGUCUAUACGGGAAGAGAGCAGCUACAGUGACAUUCCAGAUGUGAAGAAUGACUUUGCGUUCAUGAUGCACAUGAUAGAUCAGUAUGAUCCUCUGUACUCAAAACGCUUCGCUGUGUUCCUCUCUGAAGUAAGCGAGAAUAAAUUGAGGCAGCUCAACCUCAACAACGAAUGGACACUGGACAAGCUGAGGCAGAGGAUUACCAAGAACUCUCAGGAGAAGUUGGAGUUGCACCUUUUCAUGCUAAGUGGCAUUCCAGACACAGUAUUUGACCUUAUGGAGCUAGAGGUCCUCAAACUGGAGCUAAUUCCUGAUGUCACCAUCCCCCCGAUCAUUGCCCAGCUGGUCAACCUACGAGAGAUGUGGCUCUACCACACACCGGCCAAAAUUGAAGCUCCUGCAUUGGCUUUCUUGCGUGAGAACUUGAAGUCUCUACACAUAAAGUUCACAGACAUCAAAGAGAUUCCUUUGUGGAUCUAUAGUUUGAAGAAUCUUAGUGAGCUUCAUCUGACAGGGAACCUCAGUGCAGAGAACAACCGUUACAUUGUCAUAGAUGGACUACGGGAGCUCAAGAGGCUCAAAGUUCUUCGUCUGAAGAGCAACCUCACCAAGCUACCUCAGGUGGUGACUGAUGUGGGCAUGCACCUCCAGAAGCUUUCCAUCAACAAUGAAGGCACCAAGCUGAUGGUUCUCAACAGCCUGAAAAAGAUGGUGAAUCUGACCGAACUGGAGCUCAUUCGCUGUGAUCUAGAACGCAUACCGCACUCCAUCUUCAGCUUGCACAACUUGCAGGAGAUUGAUCUGAAGGACAACAACUUGAAGACCAUCGAAGAGAUCAUCAGCUUCCAGCACCUUCAUCGGCUUGUCUGCCUUAAGCUCUGGUAUAACCAGAUUGCCUAUAUUCCCAUACAAAUUGGCACACUGACCAACCUGGAGAAACUAUACCUGAACAGGAACAAGAUUGAAAAGAUGCCCAGCCAGUUAUUUUAUUGCCGCAAGCUGCGCUUCCUGGACUUGAGCCAUAACAACCUCACCUAUAUUCCUUCAGACAUUGGCUUCCUGCAAAAUCUUCAGUACCUGGCAGUGACAGCCAACAGGAUUGAGAGUCUACCCAAUGAGCUGUUCCAGUGUAAGAAGCUUCGCACUUUGAACUUGGGCAACAAUUGCCUUCAGUCUCUGCCAUCGCGGUUUGGAGAACUGACUGCGCUAACACAGCUGGAACUGAGAGGAAACCGCCUGGAGUGUCUGCCUGUGGAGCUGGGCGAGUGCCGACAGCUAAAGAGAACUGGUAUUGUGGUGGAAGAGGACCUUUUCAACACCCUGCCCACAGAGGUCAAGGAACAGUUGUGGAAAGUUGACAAAGAGCAGGCUUGAACAGGUCUCUGUCUCCGAGUGAGAACAGAUACUGACAAGUCGAGUCCUGACACUGGAGAAACACCUAAAACGUCCCAGAGGGAUCGAUGAAACAGCCUGUUGGCCUGCUGUAGUGUACUGCUAGUAAGGUUGGGUAUCAAGAUCCAAGGGCAGUGUGGCACAACCAAAAUACUGAUAGCUUCUUAUUGUUCCAAUAUUCUUAACUGUGCUGUUAAUUCUCUGGCCAUGCCAUUAUGACCUUGUAUUGAUGCUUUAUUAGCAAUACUGUAGCCAUGACAUUUUGAUCAAGGGCAUGUUUACAUUGAAUGCCUCUUUCUUGCGGUUGAGAAGUUUAAUUAUGCAAAAUUUUGGGCAAACUGUGUUCCGAGAAAAAAAAAAAAAAAACCUUGAAAAAAGGUCCACUGUUCCAAAAAGCUAUAACAUCAUGUUCUUGUUUCAUAAAAAUGAAACAUGUCAAGUACCUUUGUGUUACUGAUGAGAUAGAAAGGUCUUCUCUUAGACCUCUCUCUUAUCUUAUGAGCAUGGAUUGUCAAAUUCAGCCAUCAUUUGCUCCCCUUGUAUCAAGAAGUAACAAACGUCUUAUUCUAUCAAAAUAAUUAUGAAUCAUGACUGUCAAAUAUUUACUUAUAUUAUUUAAUAUACCCUCUUCUGGUUGUAAUAUAUUACAUUUUAUUCAUGGGAUGGUGAUACCAAUCACUACACAUUCACGUUAGUAAUCCUCUAAGUUGGAUAUAGAUGAAAUGCAUAUUCCUAGUUUUUUUUAACUCCAACUUUAGUCCAGGAGCGUCCCUACAUGAAAGAUAACUCAGGGUAGUCAUAGUUUUUCUGCUGUAGACGGCGGACAUGUAUGGGUUUUUAGUUCUGGGUGGAAGUGAGAGGGUCACUAAGGAGACUGUUAUUAGUGCGAGUACUGUGGAGGCUGAGGAUUUGUCUUUGGUUGGCUUGAGUCUUGGUAGAUUACAACAUGUGGAAUUAGAUGAGACUGCACAGUCCUUGUAUGGAACACUUUUGGCAAAGUGAAGAGGUUGAUGGCCUCUUUCUGGGGAAAGACUUUUAGAGUGUUUGACUUGAGGAAAAGCAAUUACUCUACAAAAUGCUACCCAGUGGAAAAGUUAAGUAUAACAAAACAUCACUGUACCGUGGAUAUAUUAGGGGUCUUUCUUAUUGGAACAUAGAUACCCAAUCCUUACUGCCAGUAUGCUAAUCAGAGGAAACUGAGCAUAAUCUUGAAUGGCCAUGCUGCGUCUACAUUGUUCGUUUGUACUAACUUGCACAAAAAAAAAAAUGAACAAAACAAGGAAAAGUUUUUGAAUGAGAUAAGCCAUGUCUGUCAUAUGAACUAAACUCUUUUGUUUUUCUUCCUUUUAUUUAACACAGGAUCAUACUUUAUUCAAAUUGAAAAGAAGACUAUUGGUUUUAUGUCUGAAACUGAUAUAACACUUCAGUGAAUUUGAAGUACUGGUCUACUUAUUUGCCCUGAUAUAUGACUUUGACAUUCCUUUUAUGUCAAAAAUGUUUCCUGGCCGAGAAUUAAUUUCAGUUUUAUGUUUGUACUUGGAUAGGUGAGUGUGAGAUUACAGCCAUUUUAAUCUAAUAAUAUUUAGAUUAUAACCUACUAUAUCCUUAGUUAAAGGUGGAAUUAUUUAUGUUUCUUUAUGUCAAAGAACAUUGCAGUACGGUCCGAAAUGGAUAUAUUCUAACUUUGAGAAACUAAAAUUGGAAAUUUUAGCUUUUAAUUUGAAAGGCUAAAAAUAUUUGCAAAACAGGCUGCUAUCCACAUAUAAACAAAAUAUUGUAAUUCUUUAAAAAAAAAAAAAAAAAAAAAAUUAAAUGUCAAUGGAAGAAGCAUAAAGACAUAUUUUUGAAAAGAGCCAUGGCUUUCAGGUCGGUUGCCUUAACUUUGAUUCACACCUGUUAUGUCUGUCAUUUUUAUUCAGUUCAGUACAAUAUAUUUGUUUUGUUGCAGAUAACGGUCUUUAAAGCUGCACUACACUCCUACAGUAUGUGGACUUUUCACAAGUGGCCAUACAUAACACUGGUAAUACAUUUGGGAAAUGCAUAUGAUGUGUUCAAGGUGAUAAAUGAGUCCGUCUUUUCUGUUGUAAGCAGACCUUGUGACACUGAUUGUGCUAACUACACUUUUUUAUAAACAUCCACCCUGGUGCAGUUUUAAUCUUAACCAGUGUUGCAAAGAACUGCUGAAACUACUGAAGAGUGUGGAAGUCAAAUGGGCCAUAAAAAUAAUAAUUUAAUUUAUCCAGUACAUUUGUGAAACUGAAAUUGAGCAGUUCUGUUUACUGACUGAAGCUUGUUUUGUCAAAGGAAGAGUUUUUGUUAUUAAGGUUGUUUUUUUUUUUCCAUAGGGCUCUUUGUGCCAGAUCUACUCACCUCCUAAUUAAACAGGUCUUCUGAUUCUUCUCCCUUAUACUUUAUAACUACUUAAACCAAUUCUUUCAAAAUUGUGGGAGCUAUAAGGAUCAUGUGUGUUUUUGUCUUUCUUACAUUUUUCUUGAUUUUUAUUUCUUGUCCCUUAGGGGCAUCCAUACCUUUCAGAUCAGGUCAUGUAAUUACUCGUUGUUUUUUUUGUGGUUCUUUUUGUUUAAUACCUUUGCCUGGGAGUGACCUUUUCUACACUGGUGUUUUGCCACAGUAAACAGCACGAUGCUGAAAAUGUGAUAGUGAAAAUCAAUGCACAGCUCUGAUUCAGCACAACACACAAUGGAGGUCCUUGUGUUUGUCCCGUAUAAAGAAAAUAAAUGUGUGUUUGAAUAAACAUAACUAGAAAACUUUGACAGUAGCAAUCUAAACUCCAUUCCCUGGUUUGGAAAAGCAUGCAGGUCAUUUAAGCUAUGUCCAUUCAUUUUAGGAACAUGUUUAACUAUGCCCUAUUGUGCAAUAUUGCCUUUAUUUAAACUACGUAAAGGUUCAUAGUUCUGUUUUCUAACUUGCAUGGGCAUUCUUUUGUCACACUGAUUUGACUUAGAUGAUGGGGGAAGUGUUUAGUCAGAUAGUCUAAAGGAAGGUUUUGGUCCUAUAGAAUGCUUUUUGCACUUUAGCACCUCUCCAACAAGAUGCAUUUAAGUCAAUGGAAAUAAUCAUGUAUUCAACAAAUGUUUUGUAUGUUUCUGGUGUGAGAAGGUUCUGCCUAAUGACUGCCAGUCAUGAGAUUAAAAUGUGUUGUUUUUUUUGGAGCUGCCCAUUAAAAGAUUAAUUCACCUUUAUGUGUUAGCUAGAAUUUUAAACAACACCCAGAACACCUCAGCAAUACAGCACCGAUUAAGACAAUCAACUCUUCUAAUUAAGAGAAAACUUGUGUCAAAUGUAAAGGGUUGCAGUGAACACUGCAUUGAAAUGGUCAGUACAUUUAAAAAAAUAGGUUGUGUAGGUUGCUAGAAGAUUGGUAUGAAUAAGUAGAUCAGCUAUUUGUGUCACAGUUAUUGUUUAUCCUGUUUUUUUUCCGUAUUUACCCUGAUUUUUAUCAUCUGACAGCUAUAAGUAUCAAGUCAAACUAAAUUUCUCAGGAAAACCAGCUAGUAGUCAUUUCUUUUAUGAGUUGAUUACCUAUUUUUCUUAUAUCUGGUAUUUUUUUUAAUUAAUUUAAACAGUUGUUUUAUACAGUUACGGUUUUAUAUGCAUUUCUAUACAUUCUUUUCUAGUUUGGUGUAUUAAAUAUUGGCUGCUGGUUUCAAACUAAAUGUGUUUGUGUUUUUAAAGAAACCACUUGGUUUUUACCUUGAUUUGCUAUUUUUGUCAAUAACCAUAACCAUGUAAAUGACACUGCGUUUCUUCCCAAGAUUCCUGUCAUCGCUGUAAUUGGCACAGAAUAAGUGUUUGAGUGUUAACCAUGUGUAUGUAUGUUGGGUGAAACACUGGCUUACCCCUCUUUUUUCCUUCUUUUCUGAAAGUAACUUUUUUUAGGGUAAAUAUUAUUUUUCAGUGUUAAACUCAGAUCCAAUCAUGAACUAUUUUGACUUCACAAAAUGUUUAGUUCCCAAAAGUUUUCCACUCAUAAGGAACUCCUCUGUAUUGAAAUAAACCAUGUGACAGUAUUAUGUUUGAACAUAUGUCCUAUGCUCUCCUGCACAGCAUCCACUAGAAAUAAUAAAAAUUGACUUGGUCCAGUAAA